UGAAACUAUUCUUUUGCGAUAGCAAAAUCACAAUUUUCUCCAUCCAUGGUAUGCGCGGGAAUCUCCCGCCGCUCGCCGCCGUCACCGCCGCCGCCGCAAAUGGCGCCGCCGUCCUCCUCCCACUCCCCCACGCGAAACAGCUCCACGCGCGCCUGCUCGUCUCCGGCCCCGCCCCACCCGACCACGACCUCCGCCUCCGCCUCCUCCUCCUCCGCUCCUACGCCGCGCGGGGCGACCUCGCCACCGCCGCCCGCCUGCUCGACGAGGCGCCGCCGCCCUCGCCCCUCCUCCACAACGCCCUCAUCCGCGCCCACGCCCGCCGCCUCGACCUCCGCGCCGCGCUCGCGCUCUUCGCCCGCAUGCGCCGCUCCCGCUCCUCCGCCGCCACCGCCACCGCGCCCGACGCCCACACCUUCGCCUGCGUCCUCCGCGCCUGCGCCGACUGCUCGCGCCCCGACGUCGCCAGGGUCGUGAACGGGAUCGUGGUGUGCGCGGGGAUGUCCUCGCAUCCUGUCGUCGGAAGCGCGCUCGUCAGCGCUUACGCAAAGCUUGGGCCAGUCGGCGAUGCUCGCCGCGUGUUCGAUGGAUUGCCUGAGCCGGAUUUGGUUCUCUGGAACUGCAUGAUGUCUGGGUAUGGGUACCGGGGAAUGUGGAACGAUGGUCUUGAUCUCUUCUCCGCAAUGAGGAAAGCUGGGGAGCGACCGGAUGGGUACUCAAUGGUCAGCUUGGUCUCGUCUUUCUGGAAUCGUGAGGCGCUAGCUUUCGGUCAAGCAAUUCAUGGAAUGUGUAUCAAGGGAGGUUAUGAUUCAGGACACCAUGUGAGGAGCGCACUUGUUAGCAUGUACUUCAGGUGUGGGUGCAUGGAUUCAGGCCACUCCUUGUUUGGUAAUUUGCUGGAUGCAGAUUUGGUUACAUGGUCUUCACUAAUUACAGGACUACUGCACAUCUGCAAGUAUGAGGAGUCAUUUGGUUUGUUUCGGCAGAUGUGCAACUCGGGUAGGAGACCUGACAGCAUACUGGUUGCUAGUCUACUCUCGGCAUGUGCUUCGAUGGUAAAUAUUAGUUAUAGCAAGGAGAUACAUUGUUAUGCAUUCAGGGUUGGAGCUCACACUGACAUCAGAGUCUCGUCUUCUCUGAUGGAUGCUUAUUCAAAAUGUGGUUUUGCUGAUCUUGCAUAUGGAGUGUUCUUCCAAAUGCCUGAUAAGAAUUUAGUUAUGUACAAUACAGUCAUAUCAAACCUUGGUUCUCACGGGUUUGCAAUGAAAGCUAUUGAAGUCCUUGAUGAGAUGGUAAGUGACAAGCUCAAGCCUGACAGCGUAACCUUCUCAGCAUUACUUGCUGCAUGCUGUCAUGCAGGUCUCUUGGAGGAAGGGUGGAAGUUGUUUAGGAGAAUGAGAGAUGAGUUCAACAUGGCGGUUAAAACAGAGCACUAUGUAUAUAUUGUGAGGCUUCUUGCAACAUUUGGUCAGCUCAAGGAGGCGUAUGGUCUUAUACAAACGAUGCCAGCACCAGCAGAUUCUGGUGUGUGGGGAGCAUUGCUUUGGGGUUGCUGUGUCCAUCGUGAUUCCAGCCUUGGUAGGAUCGUUGCUGACAAGCUCUUUGAGUUAUAUCCAGACAAGGCUUCCUACAGGGUCAUGCUUUCAAACCUUUAUGCAUCCCAGGAGAUGUGGUGGGAUGCUGAGGAGGUGAGGGAAGAGUUGUGGAAUGAAGAUGUGCAUAAAAACACAGGGAUUAGUUGGGUUGGCAAUGCAAGGAAAUAAUGAUUGGGCAUCUAUCACUAAGAAACACUACAAAGAUCAAAUAUAAAUAAACUCUGUAUUGUGUGCUCAGAUAGAAAUGUAAUAUUGUGAAAUUACCUGAGACUUUAUGUUUAUUCAAAUUGCCUUCAACAUA